CCGGCGCCAUGACCGCUUCAGGGCUCGUGGGCUUGCUUGGCAGCACCACUGCCACCGCAUGGAGAGCUGCAAGAUCACCAAUUCUGUGUCAGUCUUUGAGGGAAAUGAGUUCUUCUCAAGAAGGGAAGUCUGAAUCUGUCAAACAACCCCUUAGGAAGCCAAAGUUACCAGUAGGUCGUUUUGAUGCACCAGAGGAUUCCCAUUUAGAGAAAGAACCACUGAAAAAAUUUCCAGAUGAUGUUAAUCCAGUUACCAAAGAAAAAGGUGGACCUAGAGGCCCAGAACCUACCAGAUAUGGAGAUUGGGAACGAAAAGGACAUUGUAUUGAUUUUUAAGUCACAUAUUUAACUUCAAAGGACACUGUAUUGAUUUUUUUAAGUUACAUUCUUUAACUUCAGUAUCAUUUUCUGAAUAUAUACAUCUGAAUUACUUAUUUCAGAUUAUUUUCUUUUUUUUAUAUCCUUUAAAUCAUCUAAUUUCUUUUUUUUUCUUUUUGGUGGAACUGGGGAUCACGCCCAGGGCCUCAUACUUACUAGGCAGGCACUCUACCACUGAGCUAACAUCCCAGACCUAAAUCAUUUUAACUUCUGUACUAUGUUUAACUAACUAAAUACACACACACACACACGUACAUAUAUAUACACACACAUAUAUACAUAUAUAAUGGAUUUAGAUGAAAAUAUGCUGCUAUAAAUUAGGAAAGGGAAGAUAUUUUUAUAUUAGCUCAUAAUUAACUUUAACUUAUUAGGGUAUAUAAAAACAUAAUUAUAUAAUUAUAAAUCUUUACUUCAUUUUUUUCAAUUUAAAUUAAUUAGUUGCUUGUACAAUGUAUGUGUAAAUAAAACAAUUUUAAAAUCAA